AUGCUAAAGUCUACAUACGCUGCACCACCUCCAUUACCCCCAGGAUGGACGGAACAUCGAGCUCCAUCGGGUCAUUCGUAUUACUAUAACUCCGAAACCAAACAAUCCACCUACAAGCGUCCAAGCAUUGCUCCCACAUUAUCUCCAGCUCCAGCCGAAUCUCUUUAUAACCCCGAAACCCUUCCUCCAUUUUCUUCUACGCCAUAUGGCCCUACUAUUGGUGAUGCAGUAGAUAUAUCUGCCAGAGACAAUUCGAAACCGCAGUAUCGCGAGGGCUUCCGCAGUAGAGAUUACCACGAUCGACGGCAUCGCCAGCCAGAAGAUCGACCGAAACACAAACAUGGCAUUCCAGGCUGUAGUCCAUGGCUCCUAGUACAGACUAAGCUGGGUCGUCGUUUUGUGUAUAAUCCAGAAACGAACGAGAGUUAUUGGAAAUUCCCUGAAGAUGUCUUGAAGGGAGUAGUGGAGUUUGACCGUUCGCAAAGAGAGAAAAAGCAGAAAGGUGUUCGCGAAGAUCAGAACGUUCGACGGUCGGAACACGUUGCCGAACAUCAAAAACAAGAAUUGUCACAAUCUCAAGAGGUCCCUGUGGCUUUAGCCAAUGAGGAGGAGAGUGAUGAAUACGAAGAAGUGGAAGUGACUGAUAGUGAGGGGGACGAGGAACAAUCUAGCAAAAGGCUUCGAGUGGAUAGCGACAACCAAAGUGAAGAAAAGCACUUGGAAUUCGACGAGGAUGAUAUUGAAUAUCAACUUAGAGCAAUGGGUGAAGAGUAUGGGCUAGACCCCGGCGAAUAUGGGGAACCUGGUGAUGAAGGAUGGGAAGAGGGAGCAGAAGGUCUUUCAUUAACAGAUGAAGAAGCGACUGCUCUUUUCCGAGAUUUACUUGAUGAUCUUCGCAUCAACCCUUUCACUACGUGGGAAAAGGUUGUCGAAGAAGGUCGCAUAAUCGAAGAUACCAGAUACACCGCCUUGUCUACAAUGAAAUCCAGACGCGAGGUGUUCGCAGCAUGGAGUCGUGAUCGAAUCCAAGAGGUGAAAAUGCGCAAGGAGAAAGAAGAAACAAAAGACCCAAGGAUCAAAUAUCUCGCUUUUCUUCAUGAGCACGCAACGCCCAAGUUGUACUGGCCUGAAUUCAAGCGUAAAUAUCGAAAAGAAGAUGUCAUGAAAAACACACGGAUGGCUGAUAAAGAACGUGAAAAGUUUUAUCGUGAUCAUAUUGGGAGACUGAAGCUCAGCGAAAGUACCAGAAAGUCUGACUUAUCGACACUCCUUAAAUCGAUUCCGCUACACCUUUUAAAUAGCUCAUCAAGUAUCGAAGCUCUUCCCUCGGCUCUUUUGACAGAUUUGCGCUUCAUUUCCCUACCAACAAAAGUUCGUGAUCCACUAGUUGAAACGUACAUAUCAACUCUUUCUUCCGCUCCAGAUGAAGACAUGGCAGCUCUUUCUAUUGAGGAACAGCAAGAACAUGAACGAAAGAAGAUGGAACGGUUUCGACGAGAGAAGGCAUUCGCAGAUAGAGAACGGCAGGUUGACGAAGAAAAACGUCGUCGGAGGGGUGAUCUACUUCGAGGCAAAAAUAUGCUUAGGCAAGAAGAAGCGGAAAUCGAGGAAGCUCUCAACAAAAGGGGAAAAGAGGGCCUGAAGAAAUAUAUGGAUCAGGAUGCUCAUACACCAGAAAAUGAGUCAAAUAAUUAG